AUUCACCAAUUAAUUAAAAUUUUUAGUUUGUAAAUAUUAAUCAAAAACGUUUGAAAAAAGUAAUCACAACCCAGUUAAUUUAAUAAAAUAAAUAUGUGGUACCUAACACAGUGAAUUUAGGAAAAUUCAAAGAACCUUAAUUUACCAUCUCGACAAGAUUAUUGCGAACUUAUUAAAAUGGUUUCGACAAGGCAAAUGUCAGUAAUUAGCAAUAAUGGAAAUGAAUGCAUAGGACAAUCAACUUCUGGAUAUGUUAGUUCUUCAAGAGCUUCUCGAAAUAGUGCAUCACACAGCAGUUGUAGCAACUCUGAUGGGGGUCCUUCUACAAGUAGUGGUAAAGUCGUGUCUUCACAAAGUGUAAAUCUUCUUGAUUUGCCUCAAGAAGUUAUUGAGAAGAUUUUGGGAUAUAUUUCGUUUAAAAAUAUUUGCCAAUUAAGAUUCGUAUGUCGUGCAAUGGACCGAACAUGUGGUCAUGUGUUGAAUUCAACAUUCCAACGAUUGCAAACUCAGAUGUUACAGCGUUUUCAAAACAUUAAGGCAAAAAUGCCUCGUAGAGAGUCGGCAAGAAGAAAUCACCAUUUGGCAUGUGAAAGUGACAUAAUUGAAACACUGCAUAUGCGAUUAACGUUACUCCAAAUGGCAUUUGGAAAACAUAUUGAAAGAAAACACUGUUGCUUUUUUCCUGGGGAAAUACUCGACGAAGUGUACAACAUUUUACAUUACAUAAAGAUUACACCGAAAUUGGCUCGACCUUACAAAGUUACCGACGAACUAUUUGAUCUUUCUACAAUGGCUAUGGAAUACUUCAAGGAGAAAAUUGAACCAGAUUUACCAGAAAUUGCCUAUUUUGGAACGGACUUUUUAGAUUUUACAAGCACGUUUUCUUCAACCAGUACAGGUAAAUAUUUGCCACUGGACUCUUCCCCAUUGGGUCCAGAAGAACCGAAAGAAUCAGACCAAGUACCUAAUGUUCUUGGCCCAGAAGAUCUGGUCGAGCCAAUGCCGCAAUCGAAUAUGGUAUUACGAAAACGUAUACGUAAAAUUAAGCAGGGCAUGAAACGAUACAGCAGCCAGCUGACUUUGCUCAAACAAGAUCUCAAAUCGUGUAAACGAAAAACUGCCGAACAGCAAAAUCAAAUUUCGGAACAGCAAAAGCAACUGGCCGAACAACAAAAACAAACCCUUGAAUAUGCAGCCCGCUUAGACGAGUAUGACAAAAAGAAUGAGGAAAUAUCACGCAAGUUCAGUACAUUAUUACAGGAGUUGAAUAAGUGUAAGACAGAGUUACAAUAUUGGAGGUCCAAGUCGCCAGCUGCGCUUCCUUUUUGCACCGGUUGCGGUACCGUCAUAACACCCCCAGCUGAAGAAAUUCAGGCGUUAGUGAAUCAAGGCGUAAUGCCUGAAGGUUUAGGACUGCAACCGUUACAAUCGAGCGAUUUAGUGCCUAUGGCCAGUUGCAGCGUCUUAACUUUAACCGAAGGGGAAGAACGAACAGAUGAAAAAAGAUUAAACGACUUGGAUCUUAACUUCGAAUCGCCUCUUAGUCCAAUAUCGGCCGUGAAGGGUACGAAGCGGAAAUUAAAUAAAACAAAAGAGACACCUUCUCUUCCUUGUGCUUCUACGUCAUCUUCAUCUGGCUCGUCGACAGUGAAGAAUAGUGCAGCGCCAAAUGCAAAACGAGCUCGGCAUGGUCCCGGUUUUCGCGGUAAACGCGCUAAAAUCUGAAACGGUAGGGUUGAUAGUAAGUCAUUGUCACCAUUCAAUUCUUUGUCUUUUCUUUUUGUAUUUAUAGAAUUAGUUAUUUUGCGAAGUAGUCUAACGUGUUGUACUACUAACUAUCAUAUAUGGUAUGUCAGUGUUGGUUAGUUGUUUGUUCAUUUUUAUGGGAGGGAAAGCGCUACACAGGACUGGUGAUUGAUUUCCACGCAGUAGAUAAAGAAGGCCAAUCGCUGUAAUCGUAACUUUGACAUAAAUUUCACUUGUUUAUUAGAAUUCAAUGGAAGCAAUUCAAUGUUUAAGUUUGGACUUACGUUGUUAUAGAGAGAUGACUUGUUUAUAGCUACUAAAAAUUGUUUCGAAUGACAUGCUUCUUUCUUGAACUAAGUACUAAUUGUUUGACCAUUUACUGAUUUUAAUGAAGCAUUGCCUUAUUAUAACACUACCACUAAAAGUGCAGUAUAAAUUUAAUUCCAUAAAACUCAACAAAAGUAGGUUACUUCUGAUUUUCUAUACAUGAAUAUAUCAUUAUUCUGAUAUUCGAUUUUUUGUAAAAUAUGUGGUUUUGGAUAUAUUUUAAAUUAAUUGUGAAACGGUUGAGGCCAUCUUUCUCAUUAUAACAGUCUACCUUUCUAAGAUACUAUUUUACUUUCUUUAACGUCCGGUACUCAAAUAGACCGUACAAUUAAUAAUAAUUAUUUAUAGCUUACGUAAGCUUAAAAAUCACCUUAAUAAUGUAGUGCAGUACUGAACGUAGAAACGUAUUAAAUUUGACACGGACACAAACAUUUCCAAGAGUCAAAUUUUUCUAUACUUAAAUUUUCUAUAAUUAAGAAAAUCGUAUUUACAAAAAUAAAAAUUCACUUGAACGUUGUGCUGUAAAUUUAAAAUU